CCUGCCCCUGUCUCUGCCUCCUUCCAGCUGCCCUUUCUUGUGUCUGCUUGCCUGGAUGCUCCAGCAACCAUGAGCCGCCAGUUUAGCUCUCAGUCAGCGUUUAGCUCAAGGAGCAAGAGGGUUUACAGCUUUGGCUCUUCUGCAGGCUCUGGUGGUGGCAGUCAGGCCGUGGGUUCCGUGUGUCAGGCCCGAGGGAGGUGUGGCGGGGGUGGGUAUGGCAGCCAGGCGAGGGGCUUUGGCUCGUGGAGCCUCUACAAUUUGGGUGGCAGUAAAAGCAUCUCUGUUAACCUAGUGGGGAGAGGCACCAGUAGUUUCUGCCAGGGUGCAGGAGCAGGAAGGGGGUUUGGAGGGGGCAGAAACUUUGGGGGUGGUGGUUUUGGAGGUGCUGGCUCUGGAGGUGGUGGUUUUGCAGGUGGUGCUUUUGGGGGUGGGAGCUUUGGAAGUGGUGGCUAUGGACGAGGUGGUUUUGGGGGUGCUGGGUUUGGGAGUAGUAAUUUUGGGCUUAGGGCCUUUGGUCCAUCUUGUCCCGUGGGGGGCAUCCAAGAGGUGACUGUUAACCAGAGCCUCCUGCAGCCACUUGACCUGGAGGUGGACCCUGAAAUUCAGAGAGUCAAGACCCAGGAGCGGGAGCAGAUCAUGGUUCUCAACAACAAGUUCGCCUCCUUCAUCGACAAGGUGCGAUUCCUGGAACAGCAGAAUCAGGUGCUACAAACGAAAUGGGAGCUGCUGCAGCAGGUAAACACGUCGAUUUGGACCAACAACCUGGAGCCCUUCUUAGAGAACUACAUCGGCGAGCUGAGGAGGCAGGUGGAUUUUCUCAACGCGCAGCAGAUGCGCCAGAACACGGAGGUCACGAGCAUGCAAGAUAUGGUGGAGGAAUACAAGAACAAAUAUGAGGAAGAAAUCAACCGGAGGACCAACAAUGAGAAUGACUUUGUCAUCCUGAAGAAGGAUGUGGAUUCUGCCUUUAUGAACAAAGUGGACCUGCAGUCCAGGGUGGACUCACUGUUUGGGGAGGUCAAUUUCCUGAAGCAGUUAUUUGAGAUCGAGCUCUCCCAGAUGCAGACCCACAUCAGUGACACCAAUGUCAUCGUGUCCAUGGACAACAACCGCUCCCUGGACCUGGACAGCAUCAUCAGCGCUGUGCAAGCCCAGUAUGAGAUGAUCGCCCAGAAGAGCAAGGAGGAGGCGGAGGCGCUGUACCAGACCAAGUACCAGGAGCUCCAGAUCACAGCGGGAAGACAUGGAGACGACUUGAAGAACAGCAAGAUGGAGAUUGCAGAGCUCAACCGCACUAUCCAGAGGCUGCAGGCAGAGAUCAGCAACGUCAAGAAGCAGAUUGACCAGAUGCACUCAGUCAUUUCGGAAGCAGAGGAGAGAGGACAGCGGGCACUUCAGGACGCGGGGCAGAAGCUGCAGGGCAUGGAGGUGGCCCUGCAACAGUCCAAGGAGCACAUGGCCCGGCUGCUGCGUGACUACCAGGCACUGCUGGGAGCCAAGCUGUCCCUGGAUGUGGAGAUCGCCACCUACCGCAGGCUGCUGGAGGGCGAGGAGAGCAGGAUGUCAGGAGAGCUGCAGAGCCACGUGAGCAUCUCUGUGCAGAGCAGCCAGAUGACCCUCGGUGGCGCAGGAGGCGGAGGUGGCCGAGGCUCUGGAGGGUACAGCGGCGGCGGUGGCGGCCUCGGCGGCGGCAGCAGCUGGGGCUACGGAGGCAGCAGUGGGGGGAGCUCUCUCGGGGGCGGUGCAGGCUAUGGAGCGGGCAGUGGAGGUGGUUACGGGAGCGGCAGCGGUGGGAACUACGGAGGGAGCAGCAAGUCCAAGGGCAGAAGCAGCGGGAGAUCCGCCCGCCUGCAGAUCAUCCAAACUUCUACCAACACGUCCCACAAGCGAACCGUGGAGUAGAGGUGGCUCGCUCCUGUUCCCUUUUCUACCUCCUCUGACCUCCUCUCACUUCCUUUUCCUGAUGGGUCUCAGCAGUUUCGCCAAUCAAGUCCACUCUAGAUGGGGAAGUAGGUCUAUCUAUGGAGAGCAUUGGCUGGCAGUCAGGACACAGCCAGUCUCAUUUUCAACUCAGACUCUCCCAGCUGGCCCUGCUCCUGUCCCUGGGGAUGCCCAGGGCCCAGUUUAGCCAUGGAGUGUAGAGCAUCUACAAGGCAGAUAAUGGAGAGCUGAUGUCAAGCACACCAGGUUUCUCAGUUCCAGGCCCCCUUUCCUGCACCUGAGCUGCCUGGGAACAAGAAUCCAUCCCUCAAGGAGCCACAGAAUGAGGCCUUUGGAUGAGUGGCUGAUGGCAAGGCAAGCUAGCUUGGCAUGGGGCUCUUCUGUACUGGGGACCAAUUCCUGCCUUUUGGUCUAUAGCCUCACACUGCCAUGGAAAGUGUGGAUUGGCUGCCCACAUCACAUGUCUGUAAGUCACGUCUGGGCCUGAUUUGGAGUCUCGGUCUCAGGAAGCACUAUGCCCCGGGUUAAUAGCCCCAGGUGGGAGUAUUUCAGAGGGCACGAGUUCUUGUCCACAGGGAGGACCCAGAUGAGCAGUGAAGGGAGGAGGUGAUGGACAAGCAAACAAGUUUUGUUCUGUUUUGCCCCUCCUGACAGCUCCAUUCUUUGGAAGCCUGGCCCUUCCUGAACUCUGUUCCAUAACGACUCAUCUGAGACUUUUCCAACAUGCUGGGCAUAUACGGCCUAACUCUACUCUGUCCAGGUGCCCAGGCCUUGAAGAGUUUGAGGAUCAGACUUGGGUCUUGGGAGGUUCAAUUCUAAACCAGGCUGCAAGCUGCCUGUGAUUUGCAAGGUAGCUUAAGGCUCUUUUCCAGACUGCAAAGUCCCUUCUGCCUCCUGUUCUCUGUGACUGAACACUUUGUGAGAAUGACGCUUCGUUUUGGGCCUUACGUAAGAUGCUUGAGAUGUGCUGGAGGGGAUAGGAAGAGGACAUUAUUGGCCAACUAACGGGUCGUGAGAGAGAAGGUGGCUUUGCUUCUAAGAUCUGGAGUCACCUUCACUUGCUUGCUGAGUCCUAACACAAACUCUUAGUCCAUGAUUCUCUUGGGGCAUCUGAUGAGCUCAGCAUAGGUCCUUUGGGGAGUGCUGUGACAUCAUCAUUUCCUGGCUGAAGGUGAUACCUUGAAAUUUCUGGUGUUUCUACAAUAA